CUCCCCUCCUCCCUCCUGCUUCCUCCCUCUCUCCUCCUCUUCGUGGAGAAGGAGAGUUGAACAUGAGGAGCAGUGAAGCUUCGUCCUCCAGCUGCAGACCCGAACCGAACCCACUGAUCCUGAACCAGGUCCAGACUUCCUGUUCCUUCCUGUUUGAGUUGAUCUUCUAGAACCGAGGAGCCGUCGUGUUCACUGAGAUCAAACUUUGACAGUUUGUUGUGACAGAUCCACAUUCGAAGUCGUAACUAGAGUUUAACUUCUGUCCUCGUCCACGUUGAAAGCUCCUGCAGCGUUAAAACUAAUGAGCUCAGUUUGUUGACAGAACAUUGAAUUAUGAAGCAAACGAUUGGUCCACGUCCCAUCUGCUAACAUGGAGGAGAUGGAGUUUGUCCUGAAGCAAGUCCCCAGGGGGCGAUGGAGACACUCGGGCUUCACUUGUGGUAGCUGUCCAGUCGUCCAUCUUUAUUCAACGUGCAGGAAGUGACGCAGCAGGUCCAGAGUCCACACAGGAAGUCUUUACCAUCCGGUUCAGAUCUGGAUCAACUGUUCACACUGAAAAUAAAAAAUGAAAAGAAAAGGGUUUGAACCUGAGGAGGAUUUAGUCUCUGUGGUUUGGUCUCAAGUUAGAGUGGAACAAUGAGAGCUCUGUUCUCUGUGUGUUAUUAGUGUGUGUGUGUGUGUUAUUAUUGUGUGUGUGUGUGUGUGUGUGUGUGUGUGUGUGUAGGCAGGUUGAGCUUCACGCUGCUCUUUCCUCAGUUUUCUGCAGAUCAACAUGACGGAAACACACAGAGUGACAGGAGCGACCAGGAGGAGAUGGGGGGUUCCACAGCGGAGUGUGGCCGAUGGGAGCAAAGCCAGCGUCCAAUCAGCUGAUCCCGAUGAUCACAGACGUCUGAAGCCCGGAUCCCAGUUGAUCUGUGUGUGUGGGCAGGUGGUUCCCUUCAGAGGUCACAUCUCCGGUGGGAUGGAGCCGGGGAAGAAGCUGGUGGUGGUGGGCGUGGUCGACUCCCGCCCUGACAGGUUCUACGUGGCCCUGACAUGUGGCCGCGGGACGUCCGGGGAGCCUCCGCCCGAUGUGGCCCUGGAGCUCUGCGUUCGAUUCCCAGACCGACAAGUCCUGCGGCGGGCGUGUGUGUCCGGGUCCUGGGGAGACGUGGACACAUCGGUGCCCUUCUUCCCCUUCAUCCGAGAGCAGCCGUUCAAGAUGGAGAUCCGGAGCGAGCGGAGCCGGUUCCGUGUCUUCGUGGACGGACAGAAGCUGUUUGACUUUCACCACCGACUCCCGGUGCUCGGCAAGGUCGACACGCUGUGGAUCAAAGGUCACGUGAGGGUCACCAAACUGGCCUGAGCCACGAUCGACCAGGACGAGUCAUGUGAUGGUUCACACGGAGCAGAACUUAUGAAAGUGACUGAGUUUAUUUACUUUAUUAAAUUUAUCUGAACGUUUAGUUUCCUUUCAAACUGAGAUUUAUGCACAGAAAACUGAAGAACCUCUGAAAUAUGAUGAUUUAUUUUUGUUUAAAUUACAAACUACAAAAGUUUGUAAGUUUUAUGUGAUGAUUAAAUAUUUUUCUCGUUAAGUAUUUGAAUCCGUUUAGAUUUUGAGCUCCAGAUUAUCCUUGGGACAAUUUUUUUACGUGAUUAUUGUAUAUUUAUAUAUAUUUUAAAAUAAAAUUAUACAAAAAUCUACAGCUGCAGCCUGUCGUUACGUCAGAGUCCACGAGCAGCUGCUCAUGUCCCUGUGGUGCAGCGGUUUGACCACAGGGGGGCAGCAGAGGAAAACACGAGCUCAGUGGUGGAGGUGAGCCGAGGAAACAAGAUGCUGGAAGAUUGUUUACUGAGACGUCACUUCACUGCUACGACAAAACCAACAGACAGUAUUUGAGAUAGAGUCGUCUGUUGUGCGUCUGUUGUGUGUGAUUGUUGUCUGGUGUGAGUCUGCAGCUUCACCGAGCUUCUUCAGUUUCAUGGAGAUGCUCCAAUAUUAUCACCUGCUGCCUCCGCUCAUCCAUUAUACAUCAGAGCCACAGUUCAGUGACCAGCCAGUGUGUGAGUCUGUGUGUGUCUGUGUAUGUGUGUGUCCUGUACUUACUCCCUGUCAUACUCCAUCACAGCUGGUUUCAUGUUCUCUGCUGUUUACAGUUCCUUCAUCAUAUUCAGUUGAAUCAGGUUUUAACAACAUCAUUAAAUGUUCAGU